GGACGCAGAAAAAAAGUGGGGAAGCUGGGGGACCCUACAAGGAUCCUGGCCAGGAAAGCAGGGAUUGUGUUCAUUUGAGGGUUUCACUGUCAGUGAGAGUCUCAGCUUCCAUGCAACUGUCCAUCACGGCUGCAACUGAAAUCAGAGCUGGGACACAGCGCACCAAAAGCUAAAGUCUUGAUGCCAUCAAAGGACAUCCCUGCCCCAUUCACAUCUCCUUCACGUCCAUUAACUGGCAAAAGGAGAAAAGUGAGAGAGAAGAUGACCUAAGUGUGACUGAAGCAGGCAGUUCUGGAAAAUGAAGCCAGAGCAAUGAGCCGGCCCCUCCUUUGACCAAGGAGGAAGGAAGGAGCAGCCCCAGCACAGGAGAGAACCACCCAGCCCAGAAGUUCCAGGGAAGGAACUCUCCCGUCCACCAUGGAGUACCUCUCAGCUCUGAACCCCAGUGACUUACUCAGGUCAGUAUCUAAUAUAAGCUCAGAGUUUGGAAGGAGGGUCUGGACCUCAGCUCCACCACCCCAGCGACCUUUCCGUGUCUGUGAUCACAAGCGGACCAUCCGGAAAGGCCUGACAGCUGCCACCCGCCAGGAGCUGCUAGCCAAAGCAUUGGAGACCCUACUGCUGAAUGGAGUGCUAACUCUGGUGCUAGAGGAGGAUGGAACUGCAGUGGACAGUGAGGACUUCUUCCAGCUGCUGGAGGAUGACACGUGCCUGAUGGUGUUGGAGUCUGGUCAGAGCUGGAGCCCCACAAGGAGUGGAGUGCUGUUAUAUGGCCUGGGACGGGAGAGGCCCAAGCACAGCAAGGACAUUGCCCGCAUCACCUUUGACGUGUACAAGCAAAACCCUCGAGACCUCUUUGGCAGCCUGAAUGUCAAAGCCACAUUCUACGGGCUCUACUCCAUGAGUUGUGACUUUCAAGGACUCGGCCCAAAGAAAGUACUCAGGGAGCUCCUUCGUUGGACCUCCACAUUGCUGCAAGGCCUGGGCCAUAUGUUGCUGGGAAUUUCCUCCACCCUUCGUCAUGCAGUGGAGGGGGCUGAGCAGUGGCAGCAGAAGGGCCGCCUCCAUUCCUACUAAGAAGGGGCUCUGAGCUUCUGCCCCCAAAAUCAUUCCAAGCGACCCACUGCAAAGACUAUGACAGCAUCAAAUUUCAGGACCUGCAGACAGUACAGGCUAGAUAACUCACCCAAUUUCCCCACUGUCCUCUAAUCCCCUCGUGACAGAACCUUUCAGCAUAACGCCUCACAUCCCAAGUCUAUACCCUUACCUGAAGAAUGCUGUCCCUUCCUAGCCACCUUUCUGGCCUCCCACUUGCCCUGAAAGGCCAAGAUCAAGAUGUCCCCCAGGCAUCUUGAUCCCAGCUUGACUGCUGCUACAUCUAAUCCCCUACCAAUGCCUCCUGUCCCUAAACUCCCCAGCAUACUGAUGACAGCCCUCUCUGACUUUACCUUGAGAUCUGUCUUCAUAACUUCCCCCCAAACUAACAAAAACAUUUCCAAUAAAAAUAUCAAAUAUUUACCACUAA